GUCCCCGGUGAUGCAGGUCUUCAUCUCCGCUGACAUUUCUCUGAAAGGAACCACCUCUGGUUUGUGUGGGAACUUCAACAACAAAAUGAGUGAUGACUUCAAGGUGAUUAGUGGGCUGGUAGAAGCUACUUCUCCAGCCUUUGGCAACUCAUGGAAAACUAGAGCCAAGUGCCCCGACAUUAUAGCAGGAUUUGGACACCCCUGUCGCCAAAGCAUCAACAAAGAGAGUUAUGCCAAGUACUGGUGCUCCAAACUCACCGAUCCCCAGGGACUGUUUGCUUCCUGCCAUUCCUUAAUUAGCCCCAGCAUGUACAAAGAUAACUGCAUAUAUGACAGCUGUAACUGUGAGAACAGUGAGGAAAGCAUGUGUGCUGCAGUCUCCGCUUAUGUUUAUGCCUGUGCAGCUGCAGGAAUCCAUUUUAAAGGCUGGAGGAACACCAUCUGUGGAAAAUUCAGUGACUCAUGUCCAGGAGAAACUGUGUAUGACUACACCAUGACCUGCUGCCAGCGCACCUGCCGUUCCCUCAGCCAGACCGACUACUCCUGCCAGAGCAGCUUCACCGCGGUGGACGGCUGCGGCUGUGCAGAGGGAACCUACAUGACCGAGGAGAGCCAGUGUGUGUCCAGGGAACGCUGUCCCUGCUAUGAUAAAGACACCAUUAUUCCUGCUGGGGAGACUGUCAACAAAGAUGGCAACACAUGGUAAA